AUGGCGAAAAGGGCGGGGGCGGCGAGGAUAACGACGAAGCUGGCGAAAAAUCACUGGUCAUUAGGGGCGAAUCUUCAAAACGACGAGGACAUUCUCGUCUUCCCGCACUCCAUCGAUGGUUUCUGGGUACAGAGACAGAUCACUGAGUCUGUUAUAUCUGGCAUCGAUGAGCCCACUUUGCUUUGCGUGUCUAUCAGUACCGGAAAGACCAAUGUGACGUGUAAAAGCACCAACACCAGCUAUACGAAUUUCGUUCAUCCCCUCAUCAUCGAUGAAUGCUUUACGUCUCGUUGGGUUGCCACUCUCCUCAACUAUCAGGAUGGCACCACCUUCCUCCGCGUAGACGAAUCGAAAGGACUUUUCACUUCGAUGCUUCGUCCUAAUAGAGAAGCCAACAUAAUUAAGGAUUCAGACCUUCACGACUUCUUACUCUUGUCGUCACCUCUGACAACUCUGGCGUCCUUACUGCAGACCGCUCUGCACUUCUGCAGAGACCUGGAAACGGAUGGUGCACCUAUUUCACUGGCUGGUUGCAUCGAUACACGAGUCGUGUCAUCCGAGAACCCCCCGGGAUGUGGACAGGAAUGUGACAGACCAACAAUAGGCAAUAGAAGAGGCCGGUGGACCUAUGAGCAGUUCUCUCGAUGCAUCAAUCUGUCGAAGAAGAGUACCGACUACGGCGCUGAAGACGAGGCUAUGGAGAAACCCAAUAUGAAGUGGAAGGAUACGACAAGUCGAAAUGAGUCGGACGAUGACGAUGGCGAAGAAGGCUGGGACCGUGAGGCUGCACCUGAAAGUGGCGAAGAAGCACUGGUCAUUAGUGACAAAACUUCGAAAUCUGCAAAGUCCAAGGCCGACAAAAAUACGCAGUUCGUAUGCUUGGACGUGCAGGUCGACCUCAAUACGAUAUACGACGUUACCAUAACCUCCGAGGUCCAGGACUACCUGAGCUUGCUCAGCCACCACGAGUCUCUAGUAUCCGAGUUGUCCGGCAACUUCAGCAUGGAAAUUGUCUCGGGAACGAUCCAGAACCGUGACAACUGGCUGGGAUGCACCUAUGUUUUCGUGCAAAUGCUUUGCUCGGCGAGUUUGUGCGUAUUAUCGGGAUGA